AUGAAAGAGAGAAACAACAACAACUACAUCAACAACAACAACGUCAACAACAAUAACAUCAAUAACAACAACAACAGCAGCAGCAAAAAUAGCAACAACAACUACAUCAACAACAACAAUAACAUCAACAACAACAACUACAGCAUCAACAAUAACAACAACAGCAACAACAACAACAACAGCUACAUCAACAACAUCAUAAUGUCAAUUAUAAAAAUUCCCAUCUCCUACACCACCUCCAUCGACAACAACGACUUCUACUACAACUACACCUACAAAAACGAUGACGACGACGACAACAACUACCACUACUACAGCAGUUCGAAUAUCGAAGGCAGCGACACGCGCUAUAAAAAUGACCCGAUGAACUAUCCGAUACCGACGAGCGUACCGGCGAAUAACCGAUACGUAAAGGGAUGGCUGGAUCCGUCUACCGCUAAAAAACCGACCGUGAAAGUGGCCAGGAUGUUGACGCAGAAUUAUAAGGACAUCAAGAUGCCUUCUGUCUUUUAUUCAAUUCAGUCCUGUCUUCAGAGCAAAAUUCUCUGGGAGGAUGACGCAUUUCCGGCGAACGGCACAUCCCUAUUUCCGAAGUCCAUGUACAGUGGGGACGGCAGGUUUCAGUGGAAGAGACCCGGGGAGCUAUGCAACGACCCGCGCAUGUUCGUCGACGGAGUAGACCGCUUUGACGUCACUCAGGGAGAUUUAGGUAACUGCUGGGUGCUGGCCGCGAUUGCCAGCCUGUGCGCCACAAAGAACAGACCCAUGUUCACCAAAGUUGUACCUGGAGAUAACAAAUUCUUCCCUAAAGACGAAUACGCUGGAAUCUUCCACUUCAACAUAUGGCAAUAUGGAAAGUGGGUGGAGGUGGUGGUAGAUGAUAGGCUACCGACGGUAGAUGGUCAACUGGCGUUCGUCCACUCGAAGACUCUGAAUGAGUUCUGGCCAGCUUUGCUUGAGAAGGCAUAUGCCAAAUUAAAUGGAUCGUACGAAGCCUUGCAAGGCGGAAGUGUUAGUGAAUCAAUGGAAGAUUUCACUGGCGGUGUUGUUGAGACCUACCAUUUUAGAAAAGAAGGGCCAGAACUCUUCAAAAAGUUGUUCAACAUCAUGAAGCAAAGUUACGACAGGGACUCGCUGAUGGGCUGUUCAAUCGAUCCAGAGAUUACGAACGGAACGAUAGAGGGGAGACUUCCGAAUGGCCUCAUAACUGGACACGCUUAUAGCGUCACUGGCCUGAAAAAGUGUGACGUAAAAGGGAGAUACGUUGAAUUGGUGAGAGUAAGAAACCCUUGGGGGAAUGAAGUGGAGUGGAAAGGAUCUUGGAGUGAUAGGAUGUCUCUAGAGGAUUUCACCCAGCAGUUCACAAACCUCGACAUUUGUAUGGCCACCCCACCGCACGAGAACGAGCUCCAGGUCCCGGGUUCGAUUACAAGGUCGACCAAGAGACACUGGGAGAUGACGUCAUUCGAGGGGAGCUGGAAGAGGGGCGUGAAUGCCGGAGGGUGCAGAAAUAAUUUAGGAACCAUAGUUGUGGCUCUGAUGCAGAAGGAGAGGAGGAAGAAAAUGAUAACAGAGGGGUUGGAAAUGCUAACGAUUGGAUAUUACUUGUAUAAGUACAACCUCAGUACUUCCAAGUCGCCGGCCUUCAGUAACGUGCGUGAAAUGGUUGGCCGUCACAAACUCAAACCCGGCAUCUACGUCAUCAUCCCCACCACGUUCAACCCUAACCAAGAUGGCGACUUCCUAAUUAGAGUUUUUAGUGAGAAGAGUACUAAGUUAUCAGAGAUAGAUGAAAAUACAAGUUUUGUUGGCAAGCCUGAUAAAAAGGUUGUUCAGUGUAUUGGUAAGAUAAUAUGUGCAGUCAAAGAAGACGUGCCUAUAUAUACCGCCGAAUCUGAAAUAAAGCGUGUUAAGACGCUGAUCGUGACGAAGGACGAUUUGGCAGAGGAGAAGGAGAUAAAGGAUUUGUUCCGGAAAAUUUCCGGCGAUGAUAUGGAAGUUGACUGCUACGAGCUCAUGGAUCUGUUGGACAAGAACUUUAAACCAGGCAAUGACACGGAUCACUCGGGCAAGUUAGGUUAUACGGAAUUCAAGAAAUUAUGGAAGGACAUUAGAUUAUGGAGGAAAGUCUUCAUCCAGUACAAUAAGAGCGAUAUAUCAACGCUGGACAGCUUCGAGUUGAGAUCAGCUCUCAGUUCUUCAGUUGACCGAUCACAAGUCUCCGCUACUACACCCUCAGACAGUCUCUUCCCAGCAAAGAUUGGCGAAACGUCCUUGACCUACUGCCGAAAAGUGGAUUGCGCCCUGACUUGCUACGUCACAAAACCGUGUGAAGCGUUUCAUCUUAUUUCCUAUACGUCUUUGGGUCAAUCCCUUAAUCUAAAUUUAGUAUCGGGAAAAACCGAAGUUGAUGUAGCUAUGUGCAGGUGCAUAAUGUUCAAAAGAGUUACUUUUGAUGAAUGGGUUGAUAUUGCGGAUAAAAGUACCUGCAAAAAAAUCAACACCACAUUGCAAGUCUCAUGUAGCUUCGGGUAUUUAAAGGUUGACAAUUUUAUAAAUCCAGGAAUGCUUUAUAAAACUGAGGGGAUGGAAUUCUUUAUUGGUAAUAAUGAUUAA